AUGAGAGUACAUGCCCUCGCCUUUGCCUUUGCGGCACUAGCCACAGCUGCACCAAUCCCUGGCGAUCGAGAAAAGACUAAGCCCGGCGUACCAGGCGGAACACCCGUACAAUUUGAGGAAGUCUCCAGACCAGGCCAAGUAUGUGCCGGCUGGAAAGUCCACGCAGUCGAAAAGGGAGACAAACACAACCAACCAGUCAUCGCACCGGAGUGCAAGGGGUGGGAGCCAGACGAAGGCAACGAAACCACUUACCAGAUCGCGACAAUCAAACUCGUCUCCGGAUGCUCAAUAUGGAAAGUCGAAAACAGGGACAAUUACGUCAGACCAGUUUGCGGUGACGCGCCACAUGCAAGACGCGAGUCUAUGGCCGUAAAUCUGGAAUUCGAAGGCAGCAUCGCAGCGGCGCCUAAGAAGGCCAUGGCUCCGAAGGGCCUUUUCAAGGACGUACAGAUGACUAUUCACACUUUGCAAGCCCAGUUGGCUCAGGCUCAGCACAAGUCACAACUCGCAGAUGCCCACCAGUCUGGUCAUGUGGAGGGCGAAAAGCCAGAGGCGAACUCAGAUGAACAAAAUACUCUCCAAGAAUUACAAAAAACCGUCCAAUCAAUGCAGACUCGCCUCGCGAAAGCAAGAUUCUCGGUCCAUUCGUAUUUCGGCAAGGUUCGUGCUUUUGGUGCAAAAAAGAUGGCAUUACUUCCAGAUGGAAUUGACCAAGGAGUCCUGCAAGAUCUACAACACAGUGUCCACACUCUGCAAGCCCAACUUGCGCAGGCAAGACACAUGGUUCAUGCGCACACUGGCUUGGGGGGAGCCGCGAAGCAGAUGGCGGCGUCCGGCCUCGACCAGGGAACGCUGCAGGAUAUGCAGCAUACUGCGCGUGAGCUGCAAACGAAGCUUUCGAAGGUGAGACAUGCUCUUCAUGCUCACAUUGCCGGCAGGAAGGCUCUUCCGGAGGUGCUUAGUGAGGGCGUCUCUGUGAAAGAGGAGGCUUGA